UCAUGUCAGAAGUGAAUUAAACCCUUGCCUCGCUCUGGUUGCGACGGUGCUGGAUUCAGCAUGGAGUCACCGCAGCUCCAGCCUACUUCGCCUACUACAGCAUCCGGUGGAGGUGUUCUCAAGUCGAGUGACAGUUCCACCAAGGUCGUGGACGAUGUCACGAGCUUGACAAGCUUCAACCCGUUCUCUGAGGAGGAUGAACACGAAUCGUCAUAUACCCUGGUGUCCUCUUUGUUUUCCCGAGUCAAGAAUUCGUUUGCGGCGCCACUAUCCUCAGCUGUCGCGGCGGCGUCUGGCACAUCGACCACCAAUGGUCGCGAAAGCGCGCCUCCUAACGAUCAAAAGCGACCCUCGGCUGGUACUCAUGUCAUACAGGCCACGAGCCCUGUCAUGAAACCUGUAUCGGACAAAUUCCGUCCUAGGAUCGUUGGUUCCUCUGGUCCCUCUCUUGCUCCGCCCCUAGUGUCCGUAAUCCCAGCACACCCCGAGACGCCAACUUUUGGCCCGGAGUAUGAGAAGCCACCAAGUAGGACUGGCUUCUUCUACUCUCCAACAGCCGAAUCGCAAGAUGGAGGCAUGUUUGGAACGGCUAUACCAGGCUUUCCGAUCCAAGAUGAUGCACGGAGUAUACACACUACGACCAGUUUGAAACGAUCGGCUUCGGUAUCAAAGGUCAUUAGACGGAUACGUGGAGAAGGGCUGUCGCGGGAUUAUUGGAUGGAUGAUGAGAAUGCGAAGGAAUGCUACGAUUGUAAAAGCGUAUUUACAACAUGGAGGAGAAAGCAUCAUUGUAGGAUAUGUGGCCAGAUUUUCUGUUCUCGAUGUGCAUCAAAUAUCAUCAAGGGAACGCGAUUCGGUCACGAGGGGAUGCUUCGUGUUUGUAACCUAUGUCUGGAUAAAUUGCAUUACGACGAAGAUGGUGACGAUGAUGACAGGCGUUCAGUCAUAUCGAACAUCUCAUCUUCUUUCCCUUAUCAUGCGUCAGACAACUACCUACACGCUUUAGGCCAUCACUCUCAGUCUCCGUUUGCCGCUUCUCAGCUGUUUGGCCGCGAUGAACCAUAUAAUCUGUAUUCGAUCGCGGAAACCAAAAGGCAUCUUUCCGGAUCCGACGGCAGUGGCUUUGGAUCUCGUCCUCUGACGCCAGGCGUUGAAAUGGAGGAUAGUUACUGGGAAGACACGGAGGAUGCUCAACCAGCUCCAUUUCGCCGUACGCUAGCCGACGAGGAUAAAGACUCUAUACCCGAAUCAGAUCCGUUUCCCUCUGACCAAUCUCCAACCGCUCCGCGUUCUGGGGCAAAGACCCCAGAGUUUCCAGGUUCUUCGACAUCACCAAUUGCUGCUGGAACGAAGAGCUCUAUAAAGUUUCCAGGCGGGUCACCAGAACUUGGAUUGGACAGCCCGCGUCGUUCUAGCAUCUCUCGAUCAAGAGUGAACUCGUCCGCAGAGACCGAUCUCCCGACGCCUUAUCUGCGCAGCAGGGUACAGAGUCGACUAAACGAACUUAGCAUGGGCGAAGCCGGAUGGCGCACUCGGCGAGAGAGUACAGCUUAUGCUCAGGAGCUCAAUACCAUUUCGAUGUUCCAUCUGCGGAUAAUGCUAAGACAAAUGCUUACGACGGAGGGAAUAUCGAAUGUCAAGGAAUGGGAAGAGACUCUCCAGAAGCUCGCCCUUCGAAUAUCAAGGGAUCUCACUUUUACCGCCUACCCGUACCGAGAAGGAGCUGAUAUGGAUGUACGCCGUUAUGUCAAGAUCAAGAAAAUACCAGGUGGCUCUCCAAGGGAUUCAGAAUAUGUCGACGGAGCGGUGAUAACAAAGAACGUCGCUCACAAACAAAUGUCCAGAGAACAGCGCAACCCCCGUAUUAUGUUUGUGACAUUUCCCCUCGAGUUCCAGCGUGUCGAAGGUCAAUAUAUGCACUUUGGUCAGAUUGUUCGGCAAGAGAAAGAAUACCUCGGGAACCUUGUCACCCGAAUUGCUGCUUUGAGGCCUCAUGUUGUACUGGCGGAGAAGUCAGUCUCGCGGCUGGCACUAGAAGCUCUGGUGGAACACAAGAUCGCGGUCGCUAGAACAGUGAAGGAAUCAGCUAUUCGACUCGUUGCUCGUAUGACCCAAGGUGAUAUUCUUUCAUCCAUUGACAAGUUGGCGUUUGAGCCUCGCCUGGGUCACUGUGGGUCUUACAGAGUCCAAACGUUCGACCAUCCUCUAAUCCCAGCGAGACGAAAGUCAUAUAUGCGGUUCGAGGGUUGCAGCCGUGACUUAGGAUGCACAAUAAUUUUGAGGGGUGGCGAUAUGGGUCAUCUGAGACGAAUCAAGAAAGUUACUUUAUUUUUGGCCUUCAUAGUCCGAAACCUGAAACUGGAAACGCACCUAUGGAAGGACUCUGUAAUCACAGCACCCCAUCUAACGCCGGAUGCUGUCCCUCAAUCCUAUUUGACCUCAACACAGGCGAUGUCCGAGCAAUCUCGUAUUGCCCACUCCCGGCGCUUUGGAUCCUUAGACAUGCAUACACAUAGCAAGGAAUUAUCGGAUCAUAUGUCUCUGGAAGAACUACCGAGCGAGGAUGCUAAGUCACUGGAACUUUCGCGCCGUAUCCAAGCUUCUUUGGAGCCAUACCUCAAAACCUUCAUUUCAGUUUCUGCAACGCUCCGUUUUCCUCCACCUCAUCCGAUAUGGCGAAUGAAGGAACUCGAUGACGAGCUUCAUCGAGCACGUAUUGCAUGGGAAGAUGAAGUUAUCCGUUCCGAGGAGAAAACGUCUACACCAAGACACACGCAGGAAGCAACGGUGACGGCUUCUUCCCCCGAGACUAUCACUACCACUGAAGAUAUAAAGGCACAGAUUGAAGCCUUACCUUCCCCAGGCAUUCCGGAAUCCCCUGUGACAGACAUUAGGGCAUCACAUGCAACGGAAACCUCUACAUCCACUCUAUCAACCGAUUAUUUCUCCAGUAAACUUGCGCCUUCCCCGUCCUAUUCCAAUCUACGAUCAGCAACUGUUUCAACCAAAACUCAACAACUUUUGGGCGAGUACGAAGAAGUUCACUUCCGGGAUGAACACGAUAUAGCCGUGCAGAGCGCUUAUGACCUUGUGAAAUGGCAACACGAAGAGCAACGUCGCGUAUGGGAAUGGUAUUUGCGGAAGAAUAAUGACGAUUUCGUGGUGGACAAGUACCAAUAUAUCAUUGCCAUGGAGUUUACUUUGCCGAUCACAGAGCUGGGCCAUCAUCGAGCUUGCUUCCCACCUCACCUCAAGCAGAUCACCUUUUACGGCGAUGAUGAUUGUACACUGGGUCAAUUUAUCGAGAAGGCGAUCCAUGAAAACUUGAUACAGUUCCUCGAUCCUAAAGCUAUUUGUUCCGGGAAAGCUUGUGACCAGCCCUUGGCGCGACACUGUCGGGUUUUCGUUCACAACGAGAGUAGGCUAGUAAUUUACGUUGAGCACUGGGACGGUCAGAUAAAAACACUCCUAAAUGCUACUCCAGCACCCGACCUCAUCACAACGUGGAGUGCAUGCAAGGUGUGUGGCUCUGCAACGCCAUUCAUUCCUGUGUCGGAGGAAAUGCAACGGUAUUCUUUCGCGAAGUUCCUCGAGCUCCACUUCUAUCCGGCAGACGUUCAGUUGGUUCAAGGUGCAGGUUGCAUUCACAAUAUAUACCAGCAUCACAUUCGUUACUUUGCGAUGCGAGGGAUGACGGUCAUGUUUCAGACGGAUCCAAUCACUCUCUACGAAGUCGUUUACCCACCAAGUCAUAUCCACAUUCGAAGGGAAACUCUGCUGCAUGUCAAAAACGAGGAUUAUGAGAAGCUACUUAAGAGGAAUGCUCAGUGGUAUUCUGCUCUUGUUGAAGACUUGAAGCUCAUCAAUGUUGACGCCGCAACUGGAGAUGAGGAAGCAGACGCUGCACUUACCGCAACCAUCAGCAAGCUCAUUGAACGGGCCUUCGCUGAACGGGCAGAGAUGGCACAGCUCAUUCAAGAGGUUUACAAGGACACUUCACCAAUUGACACUCUUGCGUUGAACCGCGUUCGAGCCGAGAGACAGGAUAAAAUCGUCGCGUGGGAGGCUGACUUUGAUAAACUUCCGAAGCCCAAGUUAUCUCAGCUUACAGAAAAAGAUAGAAAGGGUACUUUCAGCACCGUCAGAGGGAUGUGGCCGCGACGCUAUGACCUUCCCGGCGUCUUGGAGAACCUACAUUUACCGGCCUCUAGUGUAUCAGAAAGUGAUGAAUUGCCACCAGGUGAGAGUCGAACGACCAGCGAGUCACAAACCUCAACCGAGUCGACAACCGAUACCUCGGAUGUCGAGGGUGCAUCGAAAGAAUCUCGGCCCAAGGCACCUGUGGUAACUAUCUCGGAGAGUGAUGAUGAAACGUCCAAGGCGGCAGCUGAGGACGGAUCAGAUAGUGAUUCCACAAUCGCCGCGGACAAAAAAGUCCAUGCAAUCGCCAGUCCUGUCGUUGACCUUAACGAAAGCAACACUGCCCAGAUCGACAACCUUGAGCUCGACGCAGAACGCAUGCCGCCAACGUCUAAACUCCCACGUCGCUCAGGUCAGCAUACUAGUGUAGCAGAUCUGGUAAAACGAUACCAAGACUUCCUUCCGGCAUCCGUUUCGCAAGAACUCGCUACCUCUGCUUUCCCAUCCAGACCGCAUUAUGCUCUGGAGAGUGACCAGGAAACGCCAAUUGUUCAGCGGCCUCCGCGAUCUCGGGUGAAGAGCAAGUCAAAGACGCUAAAAAGGAAGGAUUCUGUUUCCGACUUUGAACAUAGUUACGCAGCGAAUGUGGCCCCCAGAUACCUUGCUCACAGGAAAACGACUGGCUUCAUUCAUCAAAACAGUCGCAUACCGGGUCCGGUAUCGUCCAUGGACUCUCGUGACUCCUCUAGGAGAACUUCUCCAGAUAAACGACCUGGGAUGCACAAGCAUGAUACUGAUUCAACCAUACGCGGACGGGUCUCACCUCCUCCUUCGAAAGCGACAGCAAUUGUGACACCUAGCCGAAAUGCGAAAGCGAAGGCCGCUAGUAAACCUUCGUCAAAGGAUAAGUCACAGCCUAGUCGUGUAGGAUCGACGUCGAACAUUAGGAAUACCCUUCGGAAGGCUUCAAACACUAAUUUUGGGGGAAAGGUUUCUAACAUUGCUCGUCAAUUCGAGAGAAUGAACAAAGACUUCGAAAAGGCGACAAGGCGGUAUGCAGUGAUAAGGGGGAGGCGAGCAAGGCCUGUUGCAUCUUCGCGGGCAACGGUAGAAGUAUUUGACAGUGUGAAAGAUGCUAUCAAGGAUGUCUCCGACGUCUCUGAUGAUUCAUCGAGCGAAGCUGACGAUGAGGAUGAGGACGACGACGAAGGAGUACUGACCAUGAAGAAGACAGAAGCGGGUAAAGACGUGACCUCAAGUUCCGAGCAGGCGAAGAACGUUGAUCAGAUUCCAGCUGAUCAAAGCACAACCCACAAUGAGCCUCCUAUCCUUCAGGUAACGCCGGAGUCGACUUAUCCACCUGCUCCAUUACCAACCCCUGCAACCGAUACAAGGCCGAUGUCAGAAACCUUACCUUCUCCACUCCUUCAAGGACAGACUGUUCAAACACCUUCCGAAACACCCUCGCCGUCUGAUGUUGAAACUGGAACAUCUAUCUAUGAGAGACCGUCUACCUUUAUGAAAGCUCUGUCUGGAUUCUGGCCCAAUCAUAUUCGUGGCAAUUUCGAUUUUGAGGGUGACGAUCCCAUGGCAGAUCCUGAACACAUAUUCCGGGAGUCCUCGAUGGUUGUCAGAACGGAUGAACCGACGUCAAUCAUAGCUCUGGCAUUAAAUUCACCGCAAUAUCGUGACAUGCUCACAAAGUCAAGAGCGGAGAAGCGACUCGUCAAGGAACCGAGGUUGUCGGAUGGCGAGGAGGCGUUCAUGCCAGACGACUGUUCCGUGACAGACACUAAUUCCACAUGGGGCGUCGUUAAUGUCGAAACUACGGAUGACGGAAACCCCACAGAGGAUCUCCGUGUUCCAUCGUCCAGGCUUCCUUGGGCCAUAUCAUUUGAAAGUGGAGAUCUCACCAUCACUUGUACAAUUCUUUAUCCAGAGCAGUUCGAUGCUCUUCGCAGAACCUAUGACUGCGAAAAAAGUAUGAUCGAAUCACUCGCUCGAUGUGUCAAGUGGAAUGCCAGUGGUGGCAAAUCCGGAUCUGCUUUCCUAAAGACUCGAGAUGACCGUUUCAUUGCGAAGGAGCUUUCUCGACCAGAACUGGAGACGAUGGCGACGUUCGGUCCCGCUUACUUCGAUUACAUGUCUUCGGCCGUAACCGCACAACGUCCGACGCUCUUAGCGAGAGUAUUUGGUUGUUACAAGCUCGUUUUCAGGAAGAAGGCUACAGGUGAAAGGGCGUCGCGGCACAAGUCGACGCAGAUGAAUCUGCUUGUUAUGGAAAACCUCUUCUACGACAAGCAUUUCUCGAAGAUCUACGAUCUUAAAGGAUCAACGAGAAAUCGACAUGUCCAUGCCACUGGCCGCGAGAAUGAAGUCUUGCUCGAUGAAAAUCUUAUGCAAACUGCCCACCUGUCACCUUUCUACGUACGGGAACAUGCAAAACGGUUAUUCCGUGGAGCGUUGUACAACGACACGAAGUUUUUGGCGGACAUAAACGUCAUGGAUUACUCCCUCCUUGUCGGCGUUGACAGCGUGAAAAAUGAGCUCGUGGUUGGUAUUGUCGACUAUAUCCGUACUUAUACUUGGGAUAAGAAGCUCGAGAGCUGGGUCAAGGAAUCCACUUUCUUGGCAGGAGCGGGGAAGGGAGAACCCACCAUUGUCACUCCCAAGCAAUAUAGGCAGAGAUUCUUGACGGCAAUGGAGCGAUACUUCCCUCUCGUUCCUGACCGAUGGAUGAAGCACUACGAUGCGUACGAAGAGGAUAACCACGGUCUUCACGAGCUUUGGCCCGACUGGUAAUGAUUAUAGUAAUGGUUCUGGAUCAACUUCAAUGUUGUACUACUACACAUUUCUUCGUUUUCCACAUUCCCGCACUUGUAUAUUAUCACAUCUAUUGACCAGCACUAUGUUCCAACCUACAAACAUCUACACUUUCAAGCUAUAAC